AUGGCUCUCAAACAACUUAAGGACAACAAGACACCGGGUGAGGAUGGAAUUACUGUCGAACUUCUGAAGGCGGGUGGAAAACCAGUCCUUCGGGCCCUCAUCAACAUCAAUGGCGACUACAUAACUCACCUUCGGUUCGCCGAUGAUAUUGUAAUUAUGGCCGAGACCAUGGAGGACCUCAGUACAAUGCUCAAAGACCUCAGUAGAACCUCAGAUCCGAUGAUGACAUAUGGCACUGAGACGUGGUUGCUCACAAUGGGCCUUAUGAGAAAGCUUAAGGUCACCCAAAGAGCAAUGGAGAGGGCUAUGCUCGGAGUUUCUCUGGGAGAUCAAAUCAGAAAUGAGGAGAUUCGCAGGAAAACUAUGGUAACCGACAUAGCCCAAAGAAUUGUGACAUUGAAGUGGCAGUGGACAGGACACAUUGCUCGCAGAACGGAUGGCCGUUGGGGCCAGAAAGUUCUUGAGUGGCGACCGCGACUGGAAGACGUAGCAAAAUUGGAUAAUUAUACCGCUCCUUCAUCUCCUGAUGAUGAAAUAAUGGUCGAAAUAGGAGUUCCACAGCAGUCACCAGAACAUAGCCUAGAAGCUGCGGAGUGGUACUGGGGCGAUAUAACAAGAGAUGAAGCCAAUGAAAAACUUCGAGACACUCGUGAUGGAACUUUUCUUGUUCGUAAUGCAUCUAAUAAGGAUAGUGGAUAUACAUUGACAGUCAGGAAAGGUGGUGCAAAUAAGUUGAUCAAAAUAUACCAUCAUGAAGGUCGAUAUGGCUUCCGUGAACCUUUUGAAUUUAAGUCAGUAGUUGAUCUUGUAUGCUAUUACAGUGAAUACUCCCUGGCAACAUGUAACAGUAGUCUAGACAUCAAACUCUUGUAUCCAUUGUCUAGACAUCAAGAAAAUGAAGGAGGUGAAAACAUAAGUGAUGAAACUUUAGCAACUAGGUAUAAAGAGAUACAUAAGAAGUAUAUAUUAAAAACUAGGGAUUACAAUAUAAGAUUUUCUAAAUAUACAAGAUUAAGGGAAGAAGUUACUUUAAAACGACAAGCUUUAGAAGCGUUUAGAGAAGCUGUAAAAAUGUGUGAAGACCACAUUAAACUACAAGAAAAAAUACAAGCAGAAGCACAGCCUCAUGAAAAAAAUAUAGUCUUGGAAAACAACCGACAGCUCAUGGCAAAAUUACAAAGUUUGAAACAAGCCAAGGCUGAACUAAGUGAAAUCCUGAGGACUACAUUAGAAUGCAAUUUAGUUGUCGAAAGAGAUUUAACAAAGUUAAAAUCAGAUGUAGUAAAGCUCUACAAUUUGAAGGAUCGCCACAAAAUGUGGUUGCAAGGGAGAGGGAAAUCUGAUGAAUAUUUAAAAGCUUUAGAGGAGAACAAUAUUCAUAAAUUAGAUGAAAUUAAUGCUCAUCGUGAUAUGGACACUUGGAAAGUUAAUUGCACCCGGGAGACAGCUGAAAAACUGCUUGCCGGAAAACCACAGGGCACAUUCCUGAUAAGACCAAAUUCUACAGGACAGUUAGCUCUCUCUAUUGUCUGUAAUAACAUGGUCUAUCAUUGCAUUAUAAAUAAGACUGAAUGUGGAUAUGGUUUUGCUGAACCAUACAAUAUCUACGAAACAUUGAAUGAAUUAGUACUACAUUAUGCAGGAAAUUCAUUGGAGGAGCACAAUGAUCAGUUGAGAACUGAGUUAAAAUACCCAGUUAAUAUGCAUCUGGCAAAAAAACCUGAAAAGAAUUGA